UAACGAAUUUAGGCACCGGUUGAAUGGCGGCAACGCUACCACAUCCGGUCGUCACUACGAUAACAACAAACCAGUUUCCCCCGUAAGUUAUCGAUCAAACGCUUACGAUGGAAACGCUUGGCGCCAAAAAGAGGGGUCCUCACCGAUUACGAGGACCCAUGAGUGCCAACGUUGGAGCAAUAGUCUGGCUAGAAAGAAUCGGGAAUCGUUCGGUAACGGUCGUGUUUCUACUGUGCGCACCCUGCCGUCCGUGCACGUGGCUGUUCAAGCAUUCCACGUGCGUUUCGUUAACGGCUAAGGAUUUAGGAUACGCAUAAGGGGGAAAAAACGCACAACCUGUUGCAUUCGCAUACUCUAUUUAUCUCUCGCGGUGUGAAAGUGAACCCAAAACAGGCGCCAAGAUGAAGGUGGACACAAACGUCAGCACCAGCCAGAUGGAUCAGAACUGGACCCGCUACAUGGUGAUGUGCGACCGGAAGGAUAUCCGGCAGGCGACCAACUUCCAGGAGGAGAACGAGGUGCAAGCGACCCUGGUCGGCAAUAAGGCGCUGGCCAAGCAGUACGAGAUACAGAAUCCGGUCGACCGGGGCACGCAGAGCACGAGAUGGAUACUGAACACGCCCGUCUGGACGGUGCACAAUCGGUUGGUGCACACCGGCAUCACGCAUGUGGAGGGCGGCUGGCCCAAAGAGAUCGACUGCUGGCGUGACGAGGAGCUGAUGACGCGGUACCGCCGGAAGCAGGAGAAGAGCGAAGCGUACGUGCAGCAGAUGCGAGGACUAACCAGGACGAUGGAUCAUGCGAUCAUGCAGAACAAUGCCUGCAACAUCUACCAGAACUACUUCGAGGAUAUCGAGCAGCACGAGCUGAUUGAACAGUUCACAUCGAAAACGGUACACGUGUACAAGGACUACCUGGAGGAGAAGCGGUCCUGCACGUACAUCUGCUGGUCGGACGAGGGGAACCACUUCGCGUCGGCACACUGUAACAUUGGACAGCGCCGCGGAACGACUACCGAUUGCUACAUCUGGGAUAUUGAGCAUCCAAACAGUCCGCUGCAGAAGCUAUUUCCACCGUACCAAACACGCUGCCUGGAGUACAACUUUAAGGAUUCCACCCAGAUGGCGGGCGGGUUGUUCUCGGGCCAGGUGGCUCUGUGGGACAUCCGCGCCUCCGGCACACCGGUCGAGACAACGCAGCGCGAAGCGAGCCAUAACGAUGUGGUGACGCGCGUACUCUGGACCAGCUCCAAGACGACGAACGAGUUUCUGUCCGGCUCGACGGACGGGCGCAUCCUUUGGUGGGAUACGCGCAACCUGUCCGAACCGUACGACUAUCUGAACCUCGCCCCGAAGGACGUGCAGGCGCGGGAGGAGGACCCGCGCCACUGUUUCGGCGUUAGCUCGGUCGAGUUUGAGCCGACCAUGCCGAACAAGUACACGGUCGGCACGGAGAACGGUAUGAUAUACAGCUGCAGCCGGAAGUACAAAACGCCGGCGGACAAGAUACAGUCCACGAUCAACGCGCACACCGGCCCGAUCUACUCGGUCGAGCGGAAUCCACUGUUCAUCAAGAACUACAUCAGCGUCGGCGACUGGCAGACGAAGAUCUGGACGGAGGACUGCAAGGACAAUCCGAUCGUGUGGACGAAGGAGUACGCGGUGCAGCUGACGUGCGGCAUCUGGAGCCCGACCCGCUGCUCGCUCGUGUUCAUCUGCCGGAUGGACGGCGUGAUGGACGCGUGGGACGUGAUCCACCGGCUGGACGGGCCGGUGCUGCGCCUGAAGCUGUCCGACGCACCGCUCUGGUCGGUGCGCGUCCACAAGGCGGGCAAGCUGAUCGCGAACGGCACGGACAAUGGGGCCAUCUACCUGACGGAGAUCUCGGACAACCUGACGUUCAGCUCGGCGAACGAUAAGCCCGCCCUGUCCGGGAUGCUGGAGCGCGAGAUGCGCCGGCAGCGGCUGCUCGAGGCGAAGAUUAAGGAAAUCAAGCUGAAGGAGAAGGAGCUGGAGCGGGAACGCAUGCGGCGCCAUCUGCGCAUGGACAAUGCGAACUCGAUCGAGGAGGAGGAGAAGGAUCUGGUGGCGGACGCGAUGCACCAGUUUUGGACGAAAAUCCACGGCCGCAAGAGCUUGAAAAACACGCUCAAGGGCAUUCGCAUGCGGGACACGGGCGUGGGCCUGCUGGCCAAGGACAAGAAGGCACAGAAGAAGGAAAAGCGUUAAGGCGCGAACGCCGGCGCGUUGCUGGUGUCAGUCCGAUUGCUACCGAUUGAUUCGGAUAGAAUGUUUUGUG